AUGCCUUUAAAAUUAUUUGGAAGAGAUCGAAUAUCAGUACAUUAUCAAGACGUCGUUCCAGCUAUAAAUAAUAUAGCUUCUCUUUCAGAUAACCAAUCGAUAGAUUCUUCCCCCAUAUAUAAUGAUUUGAAUCGUUCAGAUAGCUCGAUAUGGUCUGAACAAAACACACCUACAAAUACUCAUAAUAAUACAACAGCAAACGCUUUAAUAAUGCAGAAAUUCAGUUCAAUAUAUGAAAAGAUAAGACAUUAUUACAUUUACAAGAUAUCUAUUAUUCAUUGGGUUCUCUUGACAAUUUGGCUCUCUUUUCUUUUUAAAUUGACAAGAAUCUAUUACUCGUUAUAUAAUAAGACAACACUCGGUGCAUCAAUUCUAACUAACAUCAUCUUAUUUGGCAUUUCAGAUAUCUUAGCUCAAUCUAUUAGUUGCUAUUUUUCUCUACAAUUAGAUCCUUCUCCAAGUUUUAUUAAUAAUACUUCUCAUCAAUUUUUUAGAACCUUAGGUAUUGAAGAACUUUUCGAUAGUGAUGCUCAAUUGACUAUUCUUAAUACAAAUUCAUUAAACAAUACUGUCUCAAAUAUUGAAAAUAAUGAUAAUGAUAACUAUACUAUUGAAGCUGAUAGAAUAUCAAUAUUUAAUGAUUAUGCAUUACCAAAUGAUAAUGCUAAUGAGCCAAUGGCUCAUCGUCCUUUACUUGGUCCCUUUACGGAUACUCAAUCUCAUCCUGAUUUAGAAUCGGGAUUGCCAGAUAUUACCCAUAAUGAUUCUUUAUUGGAAAAUGAUUUAGUUGAAUCACGCGGUAAUCUUUUCAAAGCUGACGUAUUUGGGUUUUAUAGAUGGAUUUGCUUCAUGUUCUGGGGGUUUUUUAUUACAUUUUUCCAAGUCCCAUGGUAUAAAUUCUUAAAUUUCUUCUUCACUGAAGAUCCGACUAUCGUUAAAGUCUUUGAAAGAGUCUUAUCUGAUCAAUUAUUAUAUUCCCCAGUCUCCUUAUACUAUUUUUUCAAAUACUCCAACUAUAUCAUGGAACAUGGUGAUCAUGAAACAUUUAAAUUAAAGAUCAAAAAGUUAUACAUAUCAACUCUAGGUUGUAAUUAUAUGGUUUGGCCAAUGGUUCAAUUUUUAAACUUCUUAAUUGUUCCAAAACAUUUCCAAGUUCCCUUUAGUUCUUCCGUGGGGAUUCUUUGGAAUUGUUUCUUAUCUAUGAGAAACGCAUCAAGCUCUUGA